UGUGCGCCCGGAUGCCUGGGUCUGCGGAGCCCGUGUUAGCGCCCGGCGACCAGGGAGCGGGUCCCCCCGCCCCGGCGGCGUCGCCUGGACACGGCCGUCCCUCCGGCCGGGUGACCGGCGCCCUCCGAGCCUAUGUUUAGCGCUGCUUCGUCCUCUGGGGUCCGGCCCGGGCUGAGGCCCGGCUAUAAAGGCUAGCCGGAAAGAUGCUGCAGGUCCAGUGAGCGCGGUGAGCCAACACGCUGCCCCGCCAACUCCGUCCCAGCCCCGCCGCCCCCUCGGGACCAUGGAGACCCCGAAGGUCCCGCUGGCCGCCGCCACGCUGCUGCUGCUGCUGCUGUUGCUGCCGCCCCCGUCCCUCCUGAGCCCCGGGUGGGGGGCGGGGGUAGCUGGGGUGGCGGGGGUCGCCGCCGCGCAGCCCCUGCCCGCCUGCUGCCGCCAGAGGACCUGCUCCUGCCGCCUCUACGACCUGCUGCACGGGGCCGGCAACCACGCCGCCGGCAUCCUCACCCUGGGCAAGCGGAGGCCCGGAGCCCUCGCCUUCCAGGACCGGCUCCAGCGCCUGCUCCACGGCGCCGGCAACCACGCCGCCGGCAUCCUCACCAUGGGCCGUCGCGCCGGGGGCCGGGACCCCGGCCCCGCCGCCGCCCCGUCCCUGCCCUGCCCCGGGCCGCCCUGCCCCGAGCCCCCGCCGCCCCGGGACCGGCCAGAGAACCACGGGCCGGCCUGAUCCGGACGCCGCCGGACCCUGGGUGGGUGGGGAGCCUGGGCCUAAACCCGCUUUCUGCGCCCUGACAGGAGGAGCUCGGACCCUCUGGGUCCCCCUCGCUGACUCCUGCAGGGGAGGCGGCCCCCGGGGGGAGGGGACGGGGGUCCCCCGGGCUGUACCCCUUCCGCAGAGUGGGUGAAUAAAGACAAGUCACCGGGC